AUGCCAGCCCGGCUGCCUCACCGGGUGGUGGAAACACGUGACCAUGCCAUUAACAUCCUGCUCGGCUUCUGGACCAGUUUCAUCUGUAGCACCUACAUAGUCCUCACUUGGAACAACAUAAAAAGUGGCCCUGGAGCUAGCUCGUCUUCUGAUUAACCACGCACCAGAAUACAGCAGAACAGAAGGCAAGGACACACGAUAGAGGACCAAAGUCAGGUGCCAGGAGCAGGUGGCAUCUAG